AUGACACUUUCCAACGUGACUGCGACCAAUGCAACCAUGCGCGCUGUGGUCUGGCAGGGACAUCCGUACAGCGUCGACGUUGUCGAUCUCCCCAAGCCGACCAUCAUCAAUGACACUGAUGCGAUUGUCCAGAUGUCUAGGGCGGCCAUUUGCGGGUCAGACCUUCAUAUCUAUCGGGGAACCAACCAAGGGUCGCCUGCUCCCUUUGGUCUCGGGCAUGAAGGAGUAGGGUAUGUGGCUGAAGUGGGCUCUGGCGUGGACUAUCUGAAAGUCGGAGACCCGGUCAUCGUCCCGUUCACCGUCUACGAAGGCCACCUCCAUACGAAUCUGACCACGCAGAUGUAUGCUGGCUAUGGGAACGGCGCCAACAUGGGAGGUACACAGGCGGAAUAUUUGCGUGUCCCGUUCGCCGACAAUGGCCUCAUUCCCGCACCCACGCUCGAAUACACCGAUCCGGCAAACAAUGAAUCCGUAUCUCUUCUGAACGACUAUGUGAUGAUUUCCGACAUCUUUGCCACCGGCUGGACAUCUCUUGACUUUGCCGGCUUCGAGGCCGGAGACACAGUCGCUGUAUUCGGUGCCGGACCCGUGGGUCUGAUGGCCGCAUACUCGGCUAUUCUACGGGGCGCGUCCAAGGUUUAUAGCGUCGAUUACGUUCCGGAGCGUCUACGACUCGCCGAGACCAUUGGCGCCAUUCCCAUUAAUUUUCUCGACGCCGAUCCUGUAGAGCAGAUUCGAGCGUUGGAGCCAAAUGGCGUGGCCCGGAGCGUGGAUGCGGUUGGGUACGAGCAAGUGAAUCGCAAUUUGACGGUGCAGUCAGAUGUCAUUAUUGGAAACAUGCUGGCCGUGACUUCGACUGGAGGUGGCAUGGGCACUGUUGGAGUGUACAACCCUGAAUCCAACAACACGGCAACGGCGCCGCGUGCCGCGAGCGUUCACACCCAUUUCGACUUUCCUUUGUCCGACUUUUUCUUUGGGGAGUUCAAAUGGGGUGCUGGACCAUCCAAGCCCAUCGAUCUCGCGCCACAGCUGGUGCAGCUGGUGGCCUCGGGCAAAGCGCGGCCGGGUUUUAUUGUUAGUGACGUGGUCAACAUUGAAGAUGCUCCGGACGCAUACGCUCGGUUUGAGAAGCACGAGAUAACCAAGGUCGUCAUUGCUUUCGAUUAA